UACAGGGUCGCAGUAACAAGACCACAGAAUCAUCCAAGAUGAAGACGGUACUGAUUGUCUGUUUGAUAGCCUACGUUGCCGCGGAGACUAAAUACGACUCGUCUCAUGAUGACAUAGAUCUGUCGGAGGUGUUGGGGAACGAGCGGUUAUUGGUGGGAUAUACUAAUUGUUUGGUGGACAAGGGCCCGUGCACUCCGGAGGUGAAGCAGCUGAAAGACAAACUUCCCGAGGCCCUGGCAACCCGAUGCGCCAAGUGCACAGACAAGCAAAAGAGCGUCGGCAAGCAGCUGGUCAAAGAGCUGAAAGAGAAACACCCUGACCUCUGGAAACAGCUGGUCUCCAAAUACGACCCUAACGGGAAAUACCACAAGUCUUUCGAAGACUUCCUGAAGAACUAAGUUUGUCUAUGGCUA